AGGAGAGAUCCUUGGGGGGGUAGGAGGCACAUCUGCACUACAAAUAAAAAUAAUUACAACCACCAACCAAAUCAAAAAAAAAAAAGUAACAGCUAAGAAAAAAACACUUUCAAUCAAGGACUUUGGAAAUCAGAGAUCACAGAAAUUGUACUAAUAAUAAGGAGGAAAAAAAGAGAGGCGAGAAAUCCAGCGACCAUGGGCCAGCCUGGCUUCCUAGCGUGUACUUUCUGUUCUCUCUCCUUUUUCCCAAGGUAAUUGCAGUCUGCCGAGAGGGAGUUAAAUGGGAUUAAAAGAUCUGUGUAAGCAAAAGGACCCAGAAGAGAAGGAGGAAGGAGUGAGCCGUCCGGGCCAGGGGGUGUCUUUGACACAGCUGAGCCCCUUAGAGAGGCAGAGAGCUGAGCUCCUGGGAAGGAUGUACCCACAAACCGGCCUGUCCCCCUUUUUCUGAUGGAUUGCUGCAAAAAUUGCCCGAAAGAGACAAUGCACUAAACGUGAUGGAGCCGGAAUCAGAGCCGGUCUCCAAACUCAGAGCUACCGCAGCAGGCAGGGGGGGACUCUGCUUUCUCUGGACUGUUUUAUGUUUUACCUGGUUCCUGGGAUUCACACAGGGAAAUUCUGAAGAUGUGGAUGUUCUUCAAAGACUGGGCCUGGCAGGGAAGAAGCCAUCAAGUGGAUGGUCCUUGUCACGUGCAGUUCCUCAGGGGGUCAUUCCUUUCAAAUCGGGAGUCAUCUUCACUCAGCGAGCGCGUAUUGAAGCGCCAGUCAGUACCAUCUUCCCCAGAGGCUCCAGCACUGACCUGGUCCUGGUGCUGAGCUUGUGUUCCCACCGUAUCAACAAUGCUUUUCUCUUUGCUAUCAAGAGUAAAAAGAAGAAACUACAGCUGGGGGUCCAGUUUGUGCCUGGGAAGAUUAUUGUGUAUGUGGGCCACAAGCGCUCUGUAUAUUUUGAUUACAAUGUCCAUGAUGGCCAGUGGCACAAUAUGGCCAUCAAUAUCCGAGGCCAGACAGUCACUUUAUUUACUUCUUGUGGGAAGCACAGAGUACAUGCGGAUUUGCAUUUUAAAAAGGACGAGGCAUUGGAUCCACAUGGAUCUUUCCUCUUUGGGAAGAUGAACCAGCACUCCGUGCAGUUCGAAGGAGCCAUCUGCCAGUUUGAUAUUUAUCCUUCCGCCAAGGCAGCUCAUCAUUACUGUAAAUACCUGAAAAAACAGUGCAGGCAAGCAGAUACCUACCGGCCACACUUGCCCCCCCUCAUCCCACUCCUGCCAAGGGAUCCCAGUGUCUCCCCAAGUACCCCACAGCACAUGGAGUCCUCACUUCAGGGUCUGAAAAACCUGACUACUGUGACCCCAUCCUUGGAGCUCGGCAGGGUCACCACACCUCUAAAGAGUCGGAGUUCAGGUGCAACAACCAUCCCAUCAGUCUUAUCCACGUCGCCACUGCCAAGACUGACAAACAAAGCCACAAAGGUCACGGUGGCACCAUCUCCUGUUUCAUCAAAUACUGAAACGCAGCCGCCCACCCCUUCGCUCGCUCGGGUGAUGACGGCAACCCUCAGGGUAUCUCAGCCGACUCCCAGCACGCGCGUGGAGAAAACUCCCCUUCCCACUUCCAAAAAGACCCUACCUACAAGCCAGAGCCCUGCCAUAACGAGCAGGAAGGAAUCCAAGCAAGAGACCAAAAAUAAGAUUGACCAAAAACUAGCCAUUGAGCCCUCUGAAACACCCAGUACUGUAAAGCCACUGAGAAGGACGACUGACAACACAACCAGCAAUGUCCACUUUGUAACCCUAAAGCAAACCCCACAGAACCCAAGCAGUGGGCCCCUUCCAAAGAAGCAUGUGCCGCCCCCUGCCAAGAAAGCGAAUCCUAGCGAUGUCCCUCUGAUGUACUCCAGACUGCCUCUGGGGUCUGCUCAUCCCAUCACCAGAGCCAGAGCACAGGCCUUCAGCCUCACAACCCCAGCUGCAACUGAUGGAUAUCAAAUCUUUGACCCCCUUGGGCCCACUCCAUUUCCAUUUUUACUGGGAUAUCAAGGAACAAAAGGAGAGAGAGGAGCUCAGGGUCCACCAGGUCUGCCGGGCUUACCAGGACCACCUGGCAAGAGAGGAUCCCGAGGUCCUCCUGGUCCUCAUGGAAAUCCUGGCUUACCUGGACCCCCUGGCCUGAAAGGUCAGAAGGGUGAUCCUGGGCUGUCACCUGGAAAAGCUCACAACGGACCUAAGGGAGAUGUGGGCUUACCUGGUUUGACUGGGCUCCCUGGACCACCUGGUCGAAAGGGAUAUAAAGGCUAUCCUGGACCACCAGGUCACCCUGGAGAGCAGGGCGCACGAGGACCAGACGGAAGCCCAGGUGCCAAAGGUUAUCCUGGCAGGCAGGGCUUACCUGGCCCAAUAGGGGAAGCUGGUCCAAAAGGGAAUCGGGGCUAUAUAGGUCUCCCAGGGCUAUUUGGGCUGCCAGGGGCUGAUGGAGAACGAGGAAUCCCUGGAGUUCCUGGGAAGAGGGGCAAGAUGGGUAGGCCGGGUUUUCCUGGUGAUUUUGGAGAACGAGGACCUCCAGGCAUUGAUGGGAACCCCGGAGAAUUGGGAGCCCCAGGUCCUCCUGGAGUCCUUGGACUCAUUGGUGACAUGGGCUCUGUUGGACCUAUAGGCUAUCCAGGACCAAAAGGCUUAAAGGGGCUGAUGGGAAACCCUGGAGAACAUGGACUGAAAGGUGAUAAGGGUGAUCAGGGAGGAGCAGGUGUUCCAGGAGAUAUCGGCUUCCAAGGAGACAAGGGCAGCCAGGGUUUACCUGGGGUCCCUGGGGCACGAGGGAAGCCAGGACCCCUGGGAAAAGUUGGUGACAAAGGUCCAGUUGGCUUUCCAGGACCACCGGGCCCUGAGGGCUUUCCAGGAGACAUUGGCCCACCAGGAGAAAAUGGCCCUGAAGGCCUAAAGGGGAAGCCAGGAGCACGAGGUUUACCUGGGCCAAGAGGACUGCCUGGACAAGAGGGAGAUGAAGGUCCCUUAGGACUACCAGGAGUCCCUGGUCCAGAGGGUCGACCUGGCCGGAAGGGGUUUCCAGGAAGACCUGGUCCUGAUGGUUCAAAGGGUGAGCCAGGAAACCGUGGCCGACCAGGGAAAGUUGGUGAGCAGGGUCUAAUGGGUUUCAUUGGUCCAGUAGGGGAGCCUGGAAUAGUGGGAGAAAAGGGUGACCGUGGCUCGGUGGGACCCCCAGGCCCUCCAGGAGUCAAGGGGUCGAUGGGGCACCCCGGAGCACCAGGAGGAGUGGGUUUUCCUGGAAUCCCUGGACCAACAGGUCCAGCGGGAGUCCGUGGUGCACCAGGGAUAAGAGGGAUGAAAGGCCUCAGGGGUGCCAGAGGGCCUGAUGGGCCAGUAGGCGAGCCAGGGUCACGAGGUGUCAAGGGACAUCCAGGGGAGCCCGGCAGACUGGGGCCGGAUGGGCUGCAGGGGAAGAUAGGAGAGACUGGGGAGACAGGAGCACGUGGCUUCCCAGGUAUCCAAGGACCUUCCGGACCCCCAGGAGCGAAAGGGGCUCCAGGCGACCCGGGACCGCAAGGACCACAGGGGCCACCUGGGCCUUUGGGAGAAAUCGGGCAUAAGGGACCACCUGGUUCAAUGGGACAACCUGGCCUUGCAGGUGAACCUGGCAUGAAGGGUGAUCCUGGACAGUUGGGAGUCCCUGGAGAGCAAGGCCUCAUUGGUCAAAGAGGAGAAUCAGGGCUGGAGGGGGACAGCGGACCGCCCGGGCCGGAUGGUGUUAAGGGAGACAAAGGAGAGCAAGGCCUGGAAGGAGAGAAAGGCGAGAAAGGCAACGAAGGGCUGAAAGGGAAAGAAGGGCCUCCUGGAUAUCCGGGAAUCACAGGUGUCCGAGGACCAGAAGGGAAACCAGGAAAACAGGGAGAAAAGGGCAAACCUGGCCAGAAGGGCAGCAAGGGUUUUCAGGGGCAACUCGGCGAGACAGGAUCUCCAGGGAAGGAGGGGCCAAAGGGGAACCAAGGCCCUAAAGGAUCCCGAGGUACCCUGGGACCUAUGGGUGCUCCAGGAAGGAUGGGUGUUCAAGGAGAACCAGGUUUAAAGGGUUACCAGGGGCAUGCAGGACCACCAGGGCCAGCUGGACCACCAGGGCCAAAGGGGGAGAAGGGAGAACAAGGUGACGAUGGGAAGGUAGAAGGCCCGCAAGGACCACCGGGAGACAGAGGUCCCAUUGGUGACAGAGGUGAUCGAGGGGAGCCCGGAGACCCCGGUUACCCUGGUCAAGAAGGGCUCGAUGGAGAAAGAGGAAAACCUGGACAGCAAGGUUUACCUGGGGAUCCUGGACCACCAGGCCAGCCAGGAGCAAAGGGAUCCAAAGGUGAUGUGGGUCAAAAGGGAAAGCAAGGAGCACGGGGCAGUGCAGGGAGCAGAGGCUCACCGGGCACCCUUGGGCUACCAGGACCUAGAGGAGUGGUGGGCAGGCAGGGUCAAGAGGGUGCCCCUGGAGUGGACGGAGUGCCUGGGAAGGAUGGUGUGCCUGGGAUGCUGGGAGAGCAGGGAGAUGAUGGGGAAGAAGGUGUCACAGGGAUGUCAGGCAAAAGAGGGAACCCUGGCAUAGCAGGACUCCCAGGAGCACAGGGACCACCAGGAUUUAAGGGUGAAAGAGGAUUGCCUGGGCAGACUGGCCAAACAGGGAAGCGAGGAUCACCAGGUGGUACAGGGCUUCCAGGGAGCCCGGGUGACCCAGGACCCAAAGGACAGCCGGGAGACUUUGGUGAGGCGGGAUUUCCAGGCAUUGCAGGCAUGUUUGGACCAAAGGGGCCCCCAGGAGACCUUGGUUUCAAAGGCAUUCAGGGACCACGUGGGCCGCCUGGUCUCAUGGGAAAAGAAGGAAUUAUUGGUCCACUUGGAAUUCUGGGUCCCACGGGAAGUCCAGGUCCGAAGGGAGACAAAGGCAGCCGUGGAGAAACGGGUCUGCAAGGUCCAAGGGGUCCUCCAGGCCCACGAGGACACCCUGGCCCUCCGGGACCGCCAGGAAUUCCAGCUUCAUUUCAACAAGAUGGCUUUGGUGCAGCUUUCCAGUCGCUAAUCGACUCGAACACUGCGCUCAAGACAGAGGGUUACCAACAUCCAGAACUUCUGAUGCUGGACCAUGGAGGGGAGAUCUUUAAGACUCUACACUACCUCAGCAACCUCAUUCAGAGCAUCAAACGACCCCUGGGAACCAAAGAGAACCCUGCACGCAUCUGUCGAGACCUCAUGAACUGUGAACAGAAGAUGAAUGAUGGUACCUACUGGAUUGACCCAAAUCUUGGCUGUUCCUCAGACACCAUACAGGUCAUCUGUAACUUCACCAAUGGUGGACAGACUUGUCUCAACCCCAUCACUGUCUCCAAGCUGGAUUUUGACGUCGGUAGAGUCCAGAUGAACUUCCUUCGCCUUCUGAGCUCAGAGGUUGUCCAGCACAUAACCAUCCAUUGCCUGAAUACUUCCGUGUGGCGGGAAGGCUCAUCUGAAAAACCUUCAGAAAAAGCCGUGCGCUUUAAGGCCUGGAAUGGACAGAUGUUUGAGGCAGGAGGACAGCUCAAGCCAGAAGUGGCAGCUGAUGAUUGCAAGAUCAAGGACGGACGCUGGCAUCGGACUCUCUUUUCGUUUCGGACCCAGGACCCUCACCAGCUGCCAAUUGUCAACAUCUACAACCUUCCCCCAUCCGAGCCAGGAAAGCAGUAUCACCUCGAAGUUGGCCCCGUGUGCUUCCUUUGAACAAAGCCAUCAAAACUGGGCUUCAAGGCUUUGCCCCCCAUUUUUGGCCUACGUCUUUACACAGGGUCUCCCAUCUCUCCGCGGCGAGGACAGCUGGGCUGUACCAUUUGGGUCCGCUGUUGCUCUAACCUUUGGCUCAAGGUCUCAAAGAACCCGUGAUCUACUGAAUUCAGCAGAUUCUUGAAAGGAGGAAUAACAAGGCCGUAGGGGAAACGGGUGUCAGUCGGGACGUGAACAGUGAAAAGGGAUCAGGGGACUAGAUGUUGCAAGCAGUUCCACACACACAAAGCUUUUUCCAUGACCAAAGAAGAAAAUAUUGAGAGAAACCUCAAGAAACUUGCAGUGUGCAUUUUUGGGUUGGGGGGAGGGGGAGAAGGGGGUUCCUCCAUUUUGGCUUACCUGGUUCCUGAGUUACCAAAUGUUCUUUCCAUUGAAAAGUAAUUAAAUGAUAGAGCUUCCCUCUCAGAGCUUGUCACCUUCUGGACGGCCAUGUGCUGCAUCAGGCUCUCCCAGGCGGAGCUGCAAGUUGAAUCUGGCUGCUCUGUGUGCCGGAAGCAUUUUGAUGUGCAAUAUUAGAAGAAACAAAAAAAAUAUAUAUUAUAUUAUUUAAAAGCAAAAAGGAAAAAAAAAGAAAGAAAAAAAACCUAAGUUCCUCCUUCCAUGGAUGAGUUUAAUAAAUGUCCCUUCUCACGCGUGGUGUUGGGGUAGAGGAGAGUCCCAAAGGUGAAAGGGGAGAAUGGAAGGAGGAGAGGGGAAGAGAUGAUUGGUGCUAAAAUAGAGAGAGCGAGAGGAUGGGCUCGUCUGAUUUGUUUCUACCUCUCACUGUGAAAUCUCUGGUGCUUUUAAAAAAGUGUGUUAUUUUAUAUAUAUAACUUUAAACUAUUUAAGGUUGUGAAGGUGCUACAAUGUCUUGCCACAGACCCAAAAACCCCACAGGACCAUCUCUCGGGGAAGAGAGGCGGUCAUGAUCUACAGCUAUAUCAGAGAAACGGUCACCUUUAAAGGGCUCCUUUGAUUGCCAUGGAUGUCAGUGACGCACAACAACUCAGUGCGUCCAUAAUAACCUACCAGCUGUUUUAAAAGCAAAUUGCUUUUUUUAGGGAAAAAAGAACAACAACAACAACAAAAAAAAACAGCACUUCACUGCUUUGGGAGAGGAGUGAGGGAUACAGCUCAUCCGCGGAUGCUGUAAGCAUUAAGCCUCAGCGAGCGCUCUGGUUUGAGGCAGGUGUCAUGUAACUAGUUUUGCUGUAUUUGCGUUGGCCACAUGUCCGUGCCGGCUCUCGCACGCAGUGAUUUCCUGGUCUAAUCUCGUAUUUAAAACCCCAGCUCUGCCACCCUUUUGUCUGGCCCCCUGUCAAGACUGAAAUGAUGGUACCGUGUUUCAGAACCCAGCCGGGCUUGGAGGGGUUUUGUUUUGUUAAGUUUUGUAGAAAUCUAGUCUCUAUAUGUAAAUUUGGAGGAUUUUUUUUUUUAAAGAGGAUAAUUAUGGUAAUCUUUAAUUCUAUAUAAGGAAUAAUAUUGAUGUAAUCGGAGCUGUACUGUAUCAGAAACGCUUCAGUGCCUGUUUGGAGUUUUCAUGUCUCAUACGGACGAUGGAUUUUAUUUUUUUGAGGAAAAAAAAAUAUAUAUAUAUGUGAGUCUCUCUUUGUGUAUUCUUUUUA